AUGCCUGUUAACACUCACAUGCCUGUUAACACUCACAUGCCUGUUAACACUCACAUGCCUGUUACCACUCACAUGCCUGUUACCACUCACAUGCCUGUUACCACUCACAUGCCUGUUAACACUCACAUGCCUGUUAACACUCACAUGCCUGUUACCACUCACAUGCCUGUUACCACUCACAUGCCUGUUACCACUCACAUGCCUGUUACCACUCACAUGCCUGUUACCACUCACAUGCCUGUUACCACUCACAUGCCUGUUACCACUCACAGGGCUGCGCUGAAGGAGUCACGAAGCCAGGCAGAGAACCGCGAGGGAAACACGAGGUGGGGCAGGGAGCAGCUAGGAGGAGUCCCGGAGGAGGCCUCCCAGAAUAUUCAUUCUCCUAUGUUGCCUCCGCUCCUCUCACCUCUCCUCCAACCACUCUCACCUCCUCCUCCCAAUUCUCCUCCCACCUCUCCUCCCACCUCUCCUCCCACCUCUCCUCUCCCACCUCUCCUCCCACCUAUCCUCUCCCACCUCUCCUCCCACCUCUCCUCUCACCUCUCCUCCCACCUCUCCCACCUCUCCUCUCACCUCUCCUCCCACUUCUCCUCUCACCUCUCCUCCCACUCCUCUCACCUCUCCUCCCACCUCUCUCACCUCUCCUCCCACCUACCCUCCCAUCUCUCCUCCCACCUCUCCUCUCCCACCUCCUCUCCCACAUUCUCGCCUCUGCUCCUGGCACUCGCAUCAACCACUCCACUAUCCUACUCUCCGCCCUGCCCUCAUCCCACUCUGUCCGGCGCCCGGCUCGUCCCGCUCCCACCACCCCCACUCUACGCGGUCACAUCUCAAGAAUGUGCCUCUUCGAAUUCACGCAGUGCCAAAAGGCUGUACCGAGGAAUCUAUUACCGAGGACUACCUCGCUACUCUGCUACCGCGCACCACCUCUUCAGCAUCCGCCGGCGAGCUCUCAGCAGAAGAAGUGAGGUGAGACUGCGCGGAUGA